AACAUUUGGUUUACCUACGCCGGGUCGGAUACUGCAGUUUCUUGCGCGCGGUUCUGUCGCGAGCAUCUUUUUAUUCUCGCGCGAAUCAUCGUGUGGAUUCUCGUAUAGUAGCGAACCGCCCCAAAAGUGAAGCGAAAAAGAUGCGUCUCCUCAUCCGGCACAUCGCGAUCCUGCUUGCGCUCGUCGUCGUCUCCUCGAUCUCCGUCCUCGGAUUCCCGGACGGCGCGCCGGUGGACACUUGCGUGAAGCCACGGCCGAAUCAACCCUACCAUGGCGAAGCGCGGUCGCAGCCCUUAAACACGAGCCCUUACAAAAUAGUGGCCUCGUCGUCGCGAUACGAACCGGGCUCUCAGAUCACCGUCACCAUCGUAGGCGGCGCGUUCAAGGGAUUCUUCCUGCAGGCACGCGAUAGCAAGACGAACGAAUGGACCGGCUCCUGGGCGCAAACUCCCAACACGAACACUCACCCUGAGUGCAGCGCGGUUACGCACGCGGACCCGCGCGACAAGGAGCAGGCCACCUUCCUCUGGAACGCACCCCCGAACGCGCGAGGCAGCGUAUAUUUCACUGGCACCGUGUUGAAAGACUACGCGACGUUCUGGUCCGACCUGACCUCACAGGCGGUCCAAUAAUAAUUCGCCACCGUGCCGUCAGCGUUCUCAGACAUCGACGAAGCGCCCGACUCGCCAAAGGAUAGAUUUCCCAGCUGGAUAUUAAAAUUGUCCGUCGAUCGUGCAUCUCGUUACAAUGUAACACUCGCCGAGUGCAACGAUUUAUCUCGCAUAGAAUAUUAUUGUAUUGCGCACCGCCGCGCACAAGUGCGAAUGUUCUUCCGAUAACAAUAAAAAAAUUGCCAACAAUA